AUGAAUCGUUACGAUCGUGCUAUCACAAUCUUUUCACCAGAUGGGCAUCUUUUCCAAGUGGAAUAUGCGCAAGAAGCAGUUAAAAAAGGAUCCACAGCGGUUGGCGUUCGUGGAAAAGACUGCAUCGUAAUCGGAGUUGAGAAGAAGUCUAUUCCCGCUCUUCAGGAUGAUAGAACAAUCAGAAAAAUUCAUAUGAUUGACGAUCACGUCAUGCUCGCUUUUGCUGGUUUAUCUGCCGAUGCUCGUGUGCUUGUCGACCGCGCCCGUAUUGAAUGCCAAUCGUAUAAAUUGACUCUUGAAGAUCCCGUCACCGUUGCUUACAUCUCCCGUUACAUCGCCAACACAAAACAGAGAUUCACUCAGUCUCCAGGACGUCGUCCGUUUGGUAUCUCAAUGUUAAUCGGUGGAUUCGACUUCGAUGGCACUCCACGACUCUUCAAGACUGAGCCGUCCGGUGCCUACUACGAGUACUUGGCAAACUCGACCGGAAGAGGAGAGAAGCCAGUCCGAGAAUACCUUGAAGAGCACUACGGUGAUGAGACGAUCGCCGACGAGAAGUCAACACUCAAAUUGGUCGUCAAGGCUUUGGCUCAGGUUGUCCAAUCAGGCUCACAAAAUAUCGAGAUCGCUGUAAUGAAGAAAGUCAAUGAUGAAGUGCACCAACGAGUGCUCACCGUUGACGAGGUUGAAGAAGUUUUGAAAAUCGUCGAGGAAGAGCGUGCUGCAGCUGAAGCCGAAGAGGCAGCCGGCAAGAAGAAGUAA